AUGGAUCGCCCAAAUACCCCGUCAAGGCCUCCCGACUAUAGCCUGCACACUUAUGACGAUGACCAUGAUACUCCCAGCGGCACCAACUCAGCUGCCAUCAGACUAUUGACCUCGGUGGAAUCACCCAUUGACGAGUCCAGACCUACUUUUAGCGAUACCUUCAACGAUACUUUCAACGAUACAUCGACUCGUCAAUCGUACAAACCAUAUCAGCCUAGCGUCACGUCCUCUCCCUCUCGGGCAAGCUCUAUCAAAGACGAGGCGCGAGCCAUGCCUCCUCCGGACUCGACAUACGUGCCCUUUGCCAACAGAGAUGCCGGCUCGCCACAAAGACCGUGGACUCCCUCAUCAAGAGUCUCCGAAUUUUCUCGCCCACCGCCCACAAACCUGUCAUUUGAGCCUUCCGACCUCAAUGGCAGUCCCCGACCAGGCACGCCGUCUUCGAGAUAUGGCGGCAGUCCCAGACGCCCGCUGCCUCCUGCACCACUCUUCUCCAACUCGGCCCGCAAUUCGCAGGUUUUUGCCGACGAUGCCACCGUAAACAUUCCUCUCGAUGGCGGUGACGAUGUCUUUGGCCCCGGCUCUGACCUGAGUGAUUCGCGGCCUCUGCCGACAACUCGCGACUCUUUCCACUCCGAGUCCCAAGACACGCUCAAUGAAGCCAACGAAGAGUAUUACGAAAAGUUUGAUGGCUAUGGACCUGCGCCCGACGGCGCACAAGAGCGACGAGGUGUUCGCGCACCUCAAAUGUCGCGAAAGGAAGUCGUGCUCAUCAAUGGCGAGCUGGUCCUCGAGUGCAAGAUUCCCACAAUUCUGUACAGUUUCCUCCCGCGCCGCGACGAGGUUGAAUUCACACAUAUGAGAUAUACCGCCGUCACUUGCGACCCCGAUGACUUUGUUGAGCGAGGAUACAAGCUCAGACAGUCUAUUGGCCGAACCACCCGCGAGACAGAGCUCUUCAUCUGCAUCACCAUGUACAACGAAGACGAGAUCGGCUUUACACGUACCAUGCACGCUGUCAUGAAGAACAUUUCGCACUUUUGCUCCCGUUCGCGUUCUCGAACAUGGGGCGAAACUGGCUGGCAGAAGAUUGUGGUUUGCAUCAUUUGCGACGGUCGACCCAAGAUCCAUCCUCGUACGCUGGACGCCCUUGCUGCCAUGGGUGUCUUUCAGCACGGUAUCGCCAAGAACUUUGUCAACAACCGUGCCGUACAGGCUCACGUUUAUGAGUACACCACUCAGGUAUCGCUCGACUCGGAUCUCAAAUUCAAGGGUGCCGAGAAGGGCAUUGUUCCCUGCCAGAUGAUUUUCUGCCUCAAGGAGAAGAAUCGCGGCAAACUCAACUCUCACAGAUGGUUCUUCAACGCUUUUGGCCGGGCACUAAACCCCAACAUUUGCAUUUUGCUCGAUGUUGGUACUCGGCCUGGCGGCAAUUCCCUCUACCAUCUCUGGAAGGCCUUUGAUACCGACUCUAACGUGGCCGGCGCCUGUGGUGAGAUCAAGGCCAUGAAGGGCAAAUACGGCUCCAGUCUUCUCAACCCUCUCGUUGCUUCCCAGAACUUUGAGUACAAAAUGUCCAACAUCCUCGACAAGCCUCUCGAGUCCGUUUUCGGCUACAUUACUGUGCUUCCCGGUGCACUGAGUGCCUACCGAUACCACGCUCUGCAAAAUGACGAGCAUGGACACGGACCCCUCAGCCAAUACUUCAAGGGUGAAACCCUUCACGGCCAGCAUGCAGAUGUGUUUACCGCCAACAUGUAUCUCGCCGAAGAUCGCAUUCUCUGCUGGGAGCUAGUAGCCAAGAGAGGCGAGCGCUGGGUCCUGAAAUACGUCAAGGGCUGCACUGGUGAAACUGAUGUUCCAGACGCUGUUCCCGAAUUCAUUUCCCAACGCCGACGAUGGCUCAACGGUGCAUUCUUUGCUGCUGUCUACUCCCUUGUCAACUUCAAACAGAUUAUCGCUACUGAUCAUACCAUUGCUCGCAAGAUCCUCCUCUACAUGGAAUUCGUUUACCAGGCCUGCCAACUACUGUUUACCUACUUCUCUCUCGCCAACUUCUACCUGACUUUCUACUUUGUCGCCGGCGGCUUAACUAAGAAAGACGUUGAUCCAUUCGGCCACAAUAUAGGAGCUGUCAUCUUCAUCAUCCUACGGUACACAUGUGUUUUGCUGAUUGCUACGCAAUUCAUUUUGUCCCUGGGAAAUCGACCGCAGGGUGCAAAGAAAAUGUACCUGGCCAGCAUGAUUAUCUACGCUAUCAUUAUGGCGUACACGACGUUUGCAGUCAUCUACAUUGUGAUACGCCAACUGACGGACAAGUCAAAUUUGCACAAGUUCAACAUUGGCAACAAUGUCUUUACGAAUUUGAUUGUUUCGCUCACCUCUACUGUCGGCCUGUACAUUAUCAUGUCACUAGUCUACCUGGAUCCUUGGCACAUGGUGACGUCCUCGCUCCAGUACUUUAUGCUUUUGCCCAGCUACAUUUGCACGCUGCAGGUGUAUGCCUUCUGCAACACUCACGAUAUCACAUGGGGCACCAAGGGUGACAACGUCCUCAAGACUGACCUCGGCGGUGCCGUCGGCAAGGGCCAGACGGUCGAGCUGGAGAUGCCCAGCGAGCAGCUGGAUAUCGACAGUGGCUAUGACGAGGCGCUGCGCAACCUCCGCGAUCGCCUCGCCGUCGCCAAGCCCGACGUCAGCGAGUCCCAGCUCCAGGAAGACUACUACAAGAGCGUGCGCACGUACAUGGUUGUCACGUGGAUGGUGGCCAAUGGUAUCCUCGCCAUGGCAGUGUCCGAGAUCUACAGCAACAAGGGCAUCGGCGACAACUUUUACCUGCGAUUCAUCCUGUGGAGCGUCGCCGCUCUCGCCGUCUUUCGCGCCCUCGGCUCCACCACCUUUGCCAUUAUCAAUCUCGUCAACACGAUUGUUGAAGGCAGGAUACGCAUGAGCCUCAAGGCGCCCAAGUGGAUGGGUGGCCUGGGCGAGAAGAUGAGCGACGUGGCGAGCAGCGUCGGCAGUAGCUUGAAGCGCUGA